UGCAAUUACUAACCUUGCUAUAAAUAAUCUAAUGUUAGGGCUUCGACCUCCCUCAAGCUUCAAAAGGUUCGAGAAGAAAACCGCCUAAUUAGGGUUUCCAAGCUCUUCAGGCCUUUCAACAAAGAUGGUUCUUCAGAACGAUAUUGAUCUGCUAAACCCACCGGCUGACCUUGAGAGGAAGAAGCACAAACUCAAACGUCUUGUCCAGUCUCCUAAUUCCUUCUUCAUGGAUGUCAAGUGCCAAGGUUGCUUCAACAUAACUACUGUAUUCAGCCAUUCUCAAACAGUAGUUGUUUGUGGAAACUGCCAGACGGUGCUUUGCCAGCCAACUGGAGGGAAGGCUAGGCUUACAGAGGGUUGCUCGUUCCGGCGGAAAGGAGACUGAGCUCAGGGUGAUCAGUUCUCUUCUUGCUCUUGCUUUAAGUUAUUAAAAUUUGGCACUUUAAUGGGAGAAAUCUAUUAAAAUGAACUUAUGAGUCGAGUUCCAGAGGUUUUCUUUUGCUUUUUUCUCUGUUCAACAGAUGUUGGUUUCUCUGUCACUGUAAGUUCUUCAAGUUGUUCUUAGGGAAAGAUAGAUUAAACUUGCUAAUGUUCUCCUGUUUUUAUCUUUUUGUUAUGUUGGAUUGGAACUUGCCUUUGUUACUUUUUGUAUGAGCUUUGCAUUAUGAUGUGGAAAUGUCUUUGAUAGUCAA